AUGGCGUAUAGUGGAUAUGGAAAUCAACGUGGACAAAGUUAUAUAAAUCCUGAUUAUCAACAAUCUUAUCAAAACAAUAAAUAUAAUGGUGAUGACUAUACUAAAAAAUAUAUAAGUAGUGAUUAUGAUUCGACUACAAAUAAUGAAUACGGUAAUAAAUAUGGUAAUGAUUAUGUUAAAGUUCAAAAGAAGAAUAAUUAUGACAGUUCCAAUUAUCAACCAACGUCUUAUGAUUCAUAUACCGGUUAUAAUGGGGAUAAUUACAAUAAUAAUAAUAAUAAUAAUAAUAAUAAUAAUAAUGAUCAUAAGAAUAACGAUUAUACACCAACAAAUAAUAAUUACCAAGCAAAUAAUUAUCAAGAUUAUGGAUCCAGUGAUAUAUCACCUACCAGUGAAUAUGGUAUUGGUUCAAUUGGUACUGGAGUUAUGUCUGGUUCUAAGCAUAGUCAUACUCAUUUAAAUAUUCAUGGUAAAAUGACUGGUGUUGGACAUCAAGAUUAUGGUGUACAUUAUUUAUCAUUGACUAAAUUCCGUAAAGGUGGUGGCUAUGAUAUCUAUGGGAAAAAACGACAGUUUUUAGAUUAUGAUACAACAGGACAUGUGAAAAAAUAUGGUAAUCAACAAAUGAAAGCGAAAUUUGAAGUUGUUGGUAAAUUGCAUGGACAUUCAACAUUCAAGGAUAAAUCAAGUUUCAAACCAAGCGGUGGUAACUAUGGUGGGAACGGAAACGGUGAUCAACCCUACUGA